AGAAAAGGUUUCAUGUUCUCACAGUCUUUAGCGGAAUUGUAGAAAUUUCAUUUCUCCAUCUAAUCCAGUUCUUUCUCUUGUCGUCUGCUGUCUCCUGGUUUUGCCACGCCCACCUUCCAGAAGCCCCAAAGGUGAUUUUUCAAGAGGCAGCUGGACUUUCACAACAAAGUCCAGUUGCCUCUUGAAAAAGCACCUUUGGGACAACCGUGACCUGGAUGACUGAAAACCUCCAUGGACAUCCAUUAUCCAGAACUUUUUUCCCUCAUUAUUGUUAUUUAAUGGGGAACCCCAAAUAUUCUCAGAGAGUCUACUUCUAAAUAGUUUGGUGUGAGCUCUAACCAUCUCCCAAUCUUAAUUCCAACAGGAUCUGAAUGGAAAAGUGUAACAGAGGGGCAACUAUGUGGGAAUUUCUCUGAAGAAACUGAGCAGGAACCCUUUGAAGAGAAAGUCUGGAACCGAAUUCAACCCUCACACCAAGAAGGAAGCCAACAAGAAGAAUGGAUCGAUAAACCCCUUCCUUGUUCCGUUGGAGAGUUCCAUCAAAUCUCACUGCAGCAAAAAAAAAAAAAAAAAAAACCAGGAAGGAGAGGAAAGAAAUGGAUGUCUCAGUGAUCCCUGGGAAAUAUCUGCCGAGAUUGAAUCCCAGAAAAGUAUUUUGGGGAAGAACACCAGAGACAGGGAAAUACUUUAUAAAGAAGAGAGUUCAUAUGCAUUUCUGGAAAACCAAGAGAAGUUUCUAGUUCCUUUAUUCCUCCAUCGUAUCAGGCUGUCCAUGCUGAUGGACAACAUCAACCCUCCGAUUUCAGCAAAAGCUUUCAUGGUCCAUCCAACCUGCUGACACCGCCGAGAAUCCCUAAAGUGGAGAAGUUGUAUAAAUGCUUGGAAUGCGGGAAGUCCUUCAGUCGCAGCGCCCAUCUGAUGUCCCACCAGAUCAUCCACACCGGAGAAAAGCCGUAUACGUGUUUAGAGUGUGGGAAGAGCUUCGUUCAGAGCGCCCACCUCGCCUCCCAUCAAAUUAUCCACACAGGGGAGAAGCCGUACCAGUGCUCGGAAUGCGGGAAAAGUUUCAACAAGAGCACCAACUUCGUGAGGCAUCAGAAGAUCCACAAAGGAGAGAAGCCGCAUCAGUGCGCCGAUUGCAACAAGACUUUUUCUGACAAACCGAGUCUCAUUCAGCACCAAAGGGUUCACACGGGGGAGAGGCCAUACAAAUGUUACGAGUGUGGGAAGAGUUUCAGUCAUAGGGGCAGCCUCAAUGCGCAUCAGCGGAUGCACACGGGGGAGAAGCCGUACGGCUGCAAGGACUGUGGGAAGAGCUUUCGGGAUCAGUCCAGCCUUAUUAGACAUAAGAGAACCCACACCGGGGAGAAACCCUACACCUGCUCCGAGUGUGGGAAAAGCUUCAGCCAGAGCACAAACCUGACUUUGCAUCAAAGGGUGCACACCGACGGGAAGCUUCCAGAAGAGUCUCCCCAAAUACUUAACACAGGGAUGGCCAUGUUAGUCUUUCCACCAAAUCCUGCAAAUGAUUUAGUGGCACUUGAAAGCUAACAUUUAGUGGUACUUGGCUCAAUAGUACUAACUGUGAGAGGGAUUGUCCUGGUGGACAAUCAUUUAAAUAUGAGCCAGCAGUGUGCUGCAGCCGCCAACCAAGCCAACACAAUUCUAGGCUGCCUUAAUAGAGGGAUAGAAUCAAUAUCAUGUGAAGUGUUAAUAAGGGUUUACAAUGCCUUGGUAAGACCACACUUGGAAUACUGCAUCCAGUUUUGG